AUGGCGCAAGCGAGUCCUAUCAGCGACGUGACCCAGCGUCUUUUCAAUGAUCUCAAGUCGAAGAAUGACGACGCUAAGGCCCGAGCUGCUUUUGAGCUUCACGACUACGUUGUGGCGGUCUCUCGAGAUUGGCCUUCCGAGAAGUUCAACGAGUUCUACAAUGCCGUCAGCCAGAGGAUUGCGCAGCUCGUGGUAACCGGCAACGACGCCAGCGAGCGAGUUGGUGGUCUUCUCGCCCUUGACCGACUGAUCGACUUCGACGGGGUAGAUGCCGCCCAAAAAACCACCCGUUUUGCGAGCUACCUUCGUAGUGCUCUCCGAAGCAACGAUAAUGCAGUCUUGGUAUGCGCGGCCCGAUCGCUGGGGCGCUUGGCCAAACCGGGUGGUGCUCUCACGGCUGAGCUGGUAGAGAGUGAAAUUCAGUCGGCUCUAGAGUGGCUUCAAUCUGAGCGACAGGAGAGCCGACGGUUCGCAGCGGUUUUGGUGAUUCGGGAACUAGCCAAAGGCUCCCCCACCUUGCUGUAUGGGUUCGUGCCGCAGAUAUUCGAGCUUGUAUGGGUUGCGCUUCGAGACCAAAAGGUUCUCAUCCGAGAGACUGCUGCGCAAGCCGUUGGGGAAUGCUUCGAAAUCAUUGUCGCGCGAGAUUCGUCCGUCCGACAGUCCUGGUUCGCCAGAAUCUAUGAAGAAGCUCUGCUCGGCCUCAAGUCUCACAAUGUGGAUUGGAUUCACGGAUCUCUGUUGAUUCUCAAGGAACUUUUUUUGAAGGGUACCAUGUUCAUGAAAGAGCACUACCGAAACGCUUGUGAAAUAGUGCUUCGACUGAAGGAUCAUCGAGACGGCAAGAUUCGUACUCAGGUCGUCGUCACGAUUCCGAUCCUCGCAUCCUACGCACCCGCCGACUUUAUCGAGUCGUAUCUUCACAAAUCUAUGGUCUAUCUCCAAGCUCAGCUCAAGAAAGAGAAGGAAAGGAAUGCGGCUUUUGUCGCCAUUGGCAAAAUCGCCAAUGCAGUUGGACCAGCGAUCAGUGGUUAUCUUGACGGAAUCAUCAUUCACAUCCGCGAGGGAUUGGCGAUGAAGGCGAGAAACCGAGCCGGAGUUGAUGAGGCGCCCAUGUUUGAAUGUAUUAGCAUGCUCUCCCUGGCAGUCGGACAGACACUGAACAGCCACAUGGAGCAGCUUCUCGAUGCGAUUUUCGCGUGUGGCCUCAGCAAAUCACUCACUCAGGCCUUGGUCGACAUGGCCCAUUACAUUCCUCCAAUCAAGCCAACAAUUCAGGACAAACUUCUCGAUAUGCUGAGCAUUAUUCUGUGUGGUACACCGUUCCGCCCGCUUGGAUGCCCUGAAAACCGGCUACCCCCGAUACCAGCUUUCGCGAGAGAUUUCGGCCCUCGGGAUAGCUAUAACGAUACAGAGAUCGCGCUUGCUUUGCAUACACUUGGCAGCUUCGACUUCUCUGGUCACAUAUUGAAUGAGUUUGUCCGCGAUGUUGCGAUCAAUUUCGUGGACAACGAGAACCCAGAGAUUCGGAAAGCUUCGGCUCUGACAUGUUGUCAGCUCUUCGUGCAUGAUCCAAUUAUCAACCAAACCAGCGGUCACUCAAUACAGGUCGUAAGCGAGGUCAUUGAUAAAUUGCUGACUGUUGGCAUUGGUGACCCUGAUUCUGAAAUUCGUCGCACUGUGCUAUGGUCCCUGGACCGCAAGUUCGAUCGCCACCUGGCUCGCCCAGAAAACAUUCGCUGCUUAUUCUUGGCCGUGAAUGAUGAGGUCUUUGAGGUCAAGGAAGCUGCAAUCUGCAUCAUAGGCCGCCUGUCUAGCGUCAAUCCAGCUUAUGUUUUCCCACCACUACGAAAGCUGCUGGUCAACUUACUCACUGGACUCGGAUUCGCCAACACUGCUCGUCAAAAGGAAGAGACCGCCCAACUCAUCAGUUUGUUUGUCUCGAAUGCGACAAAGCUGAUCAGGUCCUAUGUGGAUCCCAUGGUCUCAGCCUUGCUCCCUAAGACUACCGACAACAAUGCUGGUGUCGCCGCGACUACUCUCAAGGCAGUAGGAGAGCUUGCCAAUGUGGGUGGCAAUGAAAUGCGAACCUAUCUGCCGCAAAUCAUGCCAAUCAUUCUGGAGUCCCUCCAGGAUCUGUCCUCUCACACUAAGCGUGAGGCUGCACUGCGAACCCUCGGUCAAUUGGCUGGUAAUGCUGGAUACGUCAUUGAUCCAUAUCUUGAGUAUCCGAAUCUGCUUGACGUCCUGAUCAACAUCAUCAAAACCGAGCAAACGGGAUCUCUCCGCAAAGAGACGAUCAAGCUUGUGGGUGUUCUUGGUGCUCUUGAUCCCUACAAGUACCAACAAAUCAGCGAUGUUGAACCAGAUGUCCACCAUAUUAACGAGGUGAAAAACCCGACAGAUGUCGCGUUCAUCAUGCAGAGCAUCACCCCGUCAAAUGAGGAGUAUUACCCUACAGUCGUGAUACACACACUGUUGCACAACAUCCUGAAGGAGAACUCUUUGGUGCAAUACCACUCUGCCGUGAUCGAUGCCAUUGUCACUAUCUUCAAGACGCUGGGACUGAAGUGCGUUCCGUUCCUUGGACAAAUCGUCCCUGCAUUUAUCGCGGUGAUCAGGAGCUCUCCCGCCAGUCGCCUCGAAUCAUACUUCAACCAAAUGGCGAUCUUAGUCAACAUCGUGCGCCAACACAUUCGUGCCUUUUUGCCAGAAAUCAUUGAUGUCAUCCGAGAAUUCUGGGAUGCUUCGUAUCAGGUCCAAGGCACGAUUCUCUCUCUUGUGGAGGCCAUCUCUAGAUCUUUGGAGGGCGAAUUCCGAAAGUAUCUUGCAAAGCUAAUUCCGCUCAUGCUGGACACUCUCGAGAAGGAUAACACACCUCGGCGCCAGCCGUCGGAAAAAAUCCUUCACGCCUUUCUCAUCUUUGGGUCUAGUGGUGAAGAGUACAUGCACUUGAUUAUUCCUGCUAUCGUGCGACUAUAUGAGCGACAACAGAACCCUCAAAGCAUUCGCAAAUCGGCCAUUGACAGCUUGACAAAGCUUUCACGGCAGGUCAAUGUCUCUGACUUUGCGUCUCUAAUGGUCCAUUCUCUUUCCCGAGUCGUUGCUAGUACUGACCGUAUCCUACGCCAAGCCGCCAUGGACUGCAUCUGCGCACUGAUCUUCCAGCUUGGCCAGGACUACACCCACUUCAUCAACCUGCUGAGUAAGGUCUUGAAAACGCACAAUAUUGUUCAUGUCAACUAUCAGAUCCUAGUGGCGAAGCUAGAGAAAGGUGAUCCGCUGCCCCAGGAUCUCAAUCCCGAGGAAAGCUACUCCUUCCCUUCAGAUGACACGAAUUUCGCAGAGAUUGGACAGAAGAAAAUUGUUGUCAAUCAACAGCAUUUGAAGAACGCUUGGGACUCGUCGCAAAAGUCCACCCGCGAAGACUGGCAAGAAUGGAUUCGCCGAUUCAGUGUCGAACUCCUGAAGGAAUCACCCUCUCCCGCGCUGCGAGCUUGCGCGAGCUUGGCAGGUAUCUACCAGCCUUUAGCGAGAGAUCUGUUCAAUGCUGCGUUCGUGUCAUGCUGGACCGAGCUCUUCGAUCAAUACCAGGAAGAGUUGGUUCGGUCCAUUGAGCGGGCUCUAAUAUCGCCAAACAUUUCACCAGAAAUCCUGCAAAUACUCCUCAACUUAGCAGAGUUCAUGGAGCACGACGAUAAAGCUCUACCUAUUGACAUCCGCACCCUUGGGAAAUACGCUGCCAAGUGUCAUGCCUUUGCCAAGGCUCUCCAUUACAAGGAACUUGAAUUCGAACAAGACCAAAAUUCUGGAGCCGUGGAAGCUUUGAUCACGAUCAACAAUCAAUUGCAGCAGUCUGACGCUGCUAUCGGUAUUCUUCGAAAAGCACAAGCAUACCGUGACGUGGAGUUGAAGGAGACAUGGUUUGAGAAGCUGCAGCGCUGGGACGAAGCCUUGGCUGCGUACAAACGGCGCGAAAAGACAGACCCUGACUCGUUUGGUAUCACGAUGGGUAAAAUGCGCUGCUUGCAUGCUUUGGGUGAGUGGAAGGUUCUCUCAGAUCUCGCCCAAGAGAAGUGGAAUCAGGCAUCGUUGGAGCAUCGCAGAGCUAUUGCUCCUUUGGCUGCAGCUGCAGCAUGGGGCCGUGGACAAUGGGAACUGAUGGACUCUUACUUGGGUGUCAUGAAGGAACAGUCCCCUGAUCGCUCAUUCUUCGGUGCGAUUUUGGCCAUCCAUCGCAACCAGUUUGAGGAAGCCAACAUGUACAUUGAGAAGGCACGUAACGGGCUCGAUACGGAGCUUUCAGCAUUGUUGGGAGAGUCAUACAACCGCGCGUACAACGUGGUCGUGCGUGUUCAGAUGCUCGCUGAGCUGGAAGAAAUCAUCACCUACAAGCAGCAUGUGGGUGACCCUGAAAAGCAAGAGGCCAUGCGACAGACUUGGAACAAGCGUCUACGUGGUUGUCAGCAGAACGUUGAAGUCUGGCAGCGUAUGCUGAAGGUCAGGGCUUUGGUGACCGCGCCCCGAGAAAACCUUGAUAUGUCAAUCAAGUUCGCAAACCUUUGCCGCAAGUCCAAUCGGAUGGGUCUGGCAGAGAGAUCGCUCGCAUCGUUGGAGAUGGUUAUCAGGGAUGUCAAUGGCACACGUGUCAUUGUACACCCUGAGGUGACUUACGCCCGACUGAAAUUCGGCUGGGCCAACGGCAGCCAGCCCGAAGCAUUGGAUGAGCUUAAGAGAUUCAAUAUGGAGCUUAGCGAGGAUCUUUCAAAGUUCAAUAGCAUUCUCGCCAUUCAAAACGAUAGCCACGCCAUGAACGGUGUCAACGGGCUCGCGGACCCUAACCACCCGGACGCUGUAAGCCUCCGAGAACGCAUUGGGGACAUCGGCAAGGUCAAGAAGCUUCUCUCCAAGAGCUACUUGCGCCAGGGAGAAUGGCAAAGGGCACUCCAAAGGGGCGAAUGGAACGCAGAUAACGGCCGCGAGGUUCUCGAUGCCUACUUGGCUGCCACACAAUACAAUCGUGACUCUUACAAGGCCUGGCACGCCUGGGCCCUUGCGAACUUCGAGGCUGUUCAGACUAUGGAAAGUGAAGCCAAGAAGGCCAACAAGGACAAGAAGAAUCUGGCCUUGCCUCCCUCUCAGGGACUUAUUGACCAUGUCAUACCUGCCAUCCGCGGCUUCCUUAGGUCAAUCGCGUUGUCGUCGGCUUCUUCACUUCAAGACACACUUCGAUUGCUCACCCUGUGGUUCGCUCACGGCGGUGACCACGAGGUCAACACGGUUGUGACGGAGGGCUUCUCCACCAUCAACAUUGACACUUGGCUUUCUGUCACUCCUCAACUAAUCGCCCGAAUCAACCAACCAAACAUUCGAGUUCGUGGUGCGGUUCACAGGCUACUUGCGGAAGUCGGCAAGGCCCACCCACAGGCACUUGUCUAUCCUCUGACCGUAGCCAUGAAAUCCAACGUCGCUCGACGCUCUCAGUCGGCAAGCAACAUCAUGGAAAGCAUGCGUCAACACAGCGCUAAACUCGUUGAACAGGCCGAUGUCGUCAGUCACGAAUUGAUCAGAGUCGCGGUACUUUGGCAUGAACUGUGGCAUGAAGCUUUAGAGGAGGCUUCGCGUCUGUACUUCGGCGACCACAAUGUCGAGGGCAUGUUUGCGACACUAGCGCCACUUCACGACAUGCUCGACAAGGGUGCAGAGACGCUAAGGGAGGUCUCCUUUGCCCAGGCCUUUGGACGUGACCUUGCCGAGGCCAAACACUACUGCAUGCUCUACCGGCAGACUGAGGAGAUUGGGGAUCUGAACCAGGCCUGGGACCUCUACUACACCGUGUUCCGCAAGAUCAGUCGCCAACUCCCGCAGUUGUCCGUUUUGGAUCUUAAAUAUGUCUCUCCUCGCCUCAAGGAUUGCUCCGCCCUGGACUUGGCAGUGCCUGGUACUUACCAAAGUGGUCGCCCCGUCAUCUGUAUUGUCGGCUUCGAUCCAGUGCUUCACGUCCUUCAGACCAAGAAGCGUCCCCGACGCAUGACCCUGACUGGAAGCAAUGGGCUGUCCUACAUGUACUGUGUAAAGGGCCACGAAGAUAUCCGACAAGACGAGCGAGUCAUGCAGCUCUUCGGCCUGGUCAAUACUCUUCUGGAUAACGACAGUGAAAGCUUCAAGCGCCAUCUCUCUGUGCAGCGCUUCCCCGCUAUUCCGCUGUCUCAGAGUUCUGGUCUGCUUGGAUGGGUGUGUAAUAGUGACACAUUACAUGCCUUGAUCAAGGAGUACCGUGAGAGCAGGCGGAUCCUUCUAAAUAUUGAGCACCGUAUUAUGCUCCAGAUGGCACCAGAUUAUGACAGUCUGACGCUGAUGCAAAAGGUCGAGGUCUUUGGGUACGCUAUGGACAACACUACGGGCAAAGAUCUUUAUCGGGUACUUUGGCUCAAGAGCAAGAGUUCCGAAGCUUGGCUCGAGCGACGAACCAACUACACUCGUUCCCUUGGAGUCAUGUCCAUGGUCGGAUACAUCCUUGGUCUUGGUGAUCGUCAUCCAUCAAACUUAUUGCUUGAUCGCACGACUGGCCAUGUUGUGCACAUUGACUUUGGCGACUGCUUCGAAGUGGCCAUGCAUCGCGAGAAAUACCCGGAGCGAGUUCCCUUCCGUUUGACGCGUAUGUUGACAUUCGCCAUGGAAGUUAGCAAUAUCGAAGGAAGCUACCGUAUCACAUGCGAGGCUGUGAUGCGGGUCCUGAGAGAGAACAAAGAUUCUCUCAUGGCUGUCCUUGAAGCUUUCAUCCACGAUCCUUUGAUCAAUUGGCGUUUGGGUGCGCAAGAGUCUCCCGACCGCACAACCCUAACUGCUGAACGUCGCCAGUCGCUGAUUGAAGGGUUGAACUUCGAGCACGGUCUACAAUCCAACAGUGUCGCUCGCCCGCGACGACCCUCUAUUCUAGAGGGCGGCAUCCUGGAUGUCCAAGAGGGCGGCACUGAAGCUCGCGAAGCCCAAAAUGCCCGCGCCCUCCAAGUUCUUGCUCGAGUCCGGGAGAAGUUGACGGGUACUGAUUUCCGGCACAAUGGCGAGCUAAACAUCAGCGACCAGGUAGACAAACUUCUUGCACAGGCUACCAGUGUCGAGAACAUCUGCCAACACUGGAUCGGUUGGUGUAGUUUCUGGUAG